GUCGGCUCAUCUAUUCAGUCAACAGGCCCCGUGUGUAAUGGGUGUGUCUAAUAGGUUUAGAGUAAUAGGUGGAACUGUUACUCUAUGAGUGGGAAAAAGACCCACCUAUGCAGCUCUUCUUUCAAUAUAUAAGGCUGCAAAGUGAGAGAGGGUGGUUAGAUGCAGACACCAGCAAUAAGCAGUGGAACUAACAGCAGGUGUUUGGAAAGAAAGAAGAAAAGGUCACCACCAUGAAAAGCAUUCACUCCCUGGCUGGCAUCCUCCUGGUCCUCGGCUUUGUCCAGAGCAGUUGGCAGGUUCCUCUGCAUGAUGCUGAUGACAGCUUAAGUUUUGAAUCAGACAACACAUUAAAUGACGAGCCUGUGGAGUUGUCGAGCAUGAAGAGACAUUCAGAGGGAACUUUCUCAAAUGACUACAGUAAAUAUCUGGAGGACAGGAAAGCACAGGACUUUGUUCGGUGGCUGAUGAACAACAAGAGGAGCGGUGCUGCCGAGAAGCGACAUGCAGAUGGCACCUUCACCAGUGAUGUAAGCUCCUUCCUCAAAGACCAGGCAAUCAAAGACUUUGUUGCCAACCUCAAGUCUGGACAAGUCCGAAGAGAAUCUGAAAUGGAAAGAUGGGGUGAAACAUUCAGCAAGAGGCACGUAGAUGGAAGCUUCACCAGCGAUGUGAACAAGGUACUGGAUUCCAUGGCCGCCAAGGAAUAUUUACUCUGGGUCAUGACCUCCAAGCCUUCAGGGGAAAGGUAA